UAUAGUUUUAGCUUUAAAUUUCAGCCUAUGAUCCAUUCAUAGCUAAAUUUGAGGUGUGUCAAAAUAUCAAAAUAUCACUUUCUAGACGAGGAUGGGUAAAGUAGAAAGAGCCCCGACGGAUUCGGAGGUACCGAAGAAAACGUUUCUGGAGCCAUAACAGGAGCAGGAGGGGCCCGUGGUAUCAGAUGCUUAGAAAUGGUUUGAUUAAGGCUGGAAAGGACUAUGGCAGUUUAUUGCGUGUCCACUCCGGCAAGCACAUCAGUUUGCAAGUGGAAGUUUGCUCAGAGGUACUCAUUUGGCAGGUCACUUGGCAUGCAGCGUCUUGGUUCGCAGCAAGGGACCGGAACCAAAGCUCCUCGACCUGAGCCCAAUCGCCGGCGCGGCUCGCCGGACUACACGCCCCAGGAUGCAUCGGGGCCAGCUCCCCAUUGGAGGAAGCGGCGACGGUGGCGCCGCGCCGACCGGAAGACCCGCCUACGCCCCGAGUCUCGGAGAAGACUUUCCUUCCUCCGGCGGCGCUAUGCGUCCGGACCAGGCCUCGCUUUGGUACCGGCGCAUGUCCUCUGUUUACGCUUUGGGCACCUGGACCCUGUUGGGCGCCUUGAUUUUCUCCGGCCGCAAAAAGAGCAAACCAUUAGGUGAUGAAGUAGAACAAAAAGAUGUCUCAACAUAUGAAAGCCCUGAGUCAGGUGAUGAAUUAGACCUAAGGAAGGAAAUAACUGAGCCCCCGAAAGGGUUUUAUGUGGAAACGAUUGUCACAUAUAAAGAAGAUUUUGUUCCAAUGACUGACAAGAUCCUCAACUAUUGGAAAUCAUGGACUGGUGGCCCUGGACCAGAAUCAUGAUUGACUGCUGGAUUCCGAAAACCAGGACUUUGUUUCAGCAUGUAAAUGUGAUAGAUGCCUUGAUUUCACUUUUACGUUUUUGAAAAGUAUAUACCUUUAAUUUAAUCUUUUACGUAAAAUAUGAUCACUAAUAAUAAUAUGCAAUAAACAUUUCCUUGAGGAAAAGUAAACUUGCAUAUUCAGGAAGUGUUCCUCUAUACCAGCGGUUCUCAACCUGUGGGUCGCGACCCCUUUGGCGGUCAAACGACCCUUUCACAGGGGUCGCCUAAGACCAUCCUGCAUAUCAGAUAUUUACAUUACGAUUCAUUUCAGUAGCAACAUUACAGUUAUGAAGUAGCAACGAAAAUAAUUUUAUGGUUGGGUCACAACAUGAGGAACUGUAUUUAAAGGGCCAGAAGGUUGAGAACCACUGCUCUAUACGUACAUGAGUGAAGGGUUGAAGUGAAGUUUUACACGGAGCUUCCAUAUGCUUGCUUUCUGAAACUAGUUCAUGAACUUGAUAUUUUAUGUUGCUGUCCGACACGGCUUUAGUGGUCCGUUUAAGGUUAGGUUCAGCAAAUCUCCAUGUUCAGUAUGGGAUUUAUAGCCCAUCUUUGGAUACUGUUGGGUACUUGGUAAGAAUGUUAUGAAUUAAAUAGACUCUAUCUGUUCUUUAGGACCAGAACAGGUAUGGAUUAAAUCCCAGCUGUGACUACCAAUAUUCUAGACACGGCGUACAAAGUUGGGACAACGUGGUUCCUGUCCGAGAGUGCCGCACUAGUCUCUUGAUUGCAAGUAACAAGUGGGCUUAACUCAAGGGGUAUUUAUCAAAAAUUGUGUUUGGAUACCUCAGAAUUAAAGCAAAUUACGUUGUAGGCCUUGGAAGUCCUGGCACCAUGAACUGGAAUGCAGCCAGCCACUCAUUGAACCUGCCUGCCUCUGGCUAAAAUAAAUUCUAAUAAAUU